AUGGGGGCGAGGGUCCCCGGCGUGGUCGGGGGCGACACGGGUCCUAAGGAUCGAUCCGCGGGCAUCGCCGCGCCUUUGGUGCGAGUCAGUGUGCGUCUGGCUUUACCCCCGUGCGUGUAUGGAGUCUCCCAGAGCGGCGGGACCCGGACGGACAUCCCGCCGGGCCGCCGGCGGACACCGGGUCCCUACGGGGGCCGGGGCCGGAUUCCUGCCCCCUUCCCUGCCCGAUCCAGCUGGGAGUUUCCGGAGCCCGGUCGCUCGAUUGGCGCCCGACUCCUGACGGCUCAGGGCACCCGGCUGCUUCGGGAGAGCGUGGGCACCGCGGCCUUGCCCGACACCACACAGACCUGGCUCAUGGGAUUUACUCGGGCCGGGGGCACUGCUACCUCAGCCUGUGGGUCUUCACCCCGCCGCUCCCAGGCGGGGAGCGGGCACCACCGACCCAGCCGCCAACCGCCCGGGGUCCGGGUCUCGGCCCGGACGGGGCCGCCCUCGGGCCUCGUGGGCGACGGGGGCCCCGGGGAGCGGGCCGAGCCCGGAGGGGUCUUCCCCUCGGAGGCACACGGCAAGAGCUCAAUAAAUACCACUGAUGGAUGGAUCGACGGAUCCACGGGUUCGCUCUAUCGUCCUUCUUCCCAUCUGUGCCCUCUCCUCCCAGGAGGGAUCUUUGAGACACUGGAGAAUGAACCUCUCAACGCGGAAGAGAUGGCUUUCAAGUUCGCAGUGGCCAACGUUAACCGGAACCGGACCCUGAUGCCCAACACCACUCUGACCUACGACCUCCAGAGGAUCAACCCGUUCGAUAGUUUCGAAGCAUCCCGGAGAGCGUGUGACCAGUUGGCCCUGGGCGUGGCGGCCCUGUUCGGUCCCUCUCACGGCUCGGCCGUCAGCGCCGUGCAGUCCGUCUGCAACGCCCUGGAGGUCCCGCACAUCCAGACCCGCUGGAAGCACCCCAGCGCGGACGCCAGAGACCUGUUCUACGUCAACCUCCACCCCGACUUCUCCGCCAUCAGCCGGGCCGUGCUGGACCUGGUCCUCUACUACAACUGGAAGGCCGUGACCAUCGUGUACGAGGACAGCACAGGGCUCCUCCGCCUGCAGGAGCUGAUCAAAGCCCCGUCCAGAUACAACAUCAAGAUCAGGAUCCGUCAGCUGCCCGCCGCGAACAAAGACGCCAGGCCCCUGCUGAAGGAGAUGAAGAAGGCCAAGGAGUUCUACGUGAUAUUCGACUGCUCCCGCGAAACGGCGGCCGACGUCCUCAAACAGAUUCUCUCCAUGGGCAUGAUGACCGAAUACUAUCACUACUUCUUUACCACGCUGGACCUGUUCGCGCUGGACCUGGAGCCGUACCGGUACUGCGGGGUGAACGUGACCGGCCUGCGCCUGCUGAACGUCGACCACCCGCAGGUGUCCGCCCUCGUCGACAGGUGGUCGGUGGAGAGGCUGCGGGCUCCCCCCACGCUGGAGACCGGCCUGCUGGAUGGGAUGAUGACGACGGAGGCCGCCCUGAUGUACGACGCCGUGCACGUGGUGGCCGUGGCCCUUCAGCGCGCGGCCCAGGUGGCCGUCAGCUCCCUGCAGUGUCACCGGCACCGGCCCUGGCACUCCGGACCCAAGUUCAUGAACCUCAUCAAGGAGGUGCGAUGGAACGGCUUAACGGGGAGGAUUGCCUUCAACAAAACCGACGGCCUGCGCAGGGAUUUCGACUUGGACGUCAUCAGCCUCAAGGAGGACGGGACCGAAAAGGUGGCCGGAGAAGCGUCCAAACGCUUGUACAAAGUAUGGAAGAAGAUCGGGAUCUGGAACUCCCGCCGGGGCCUGAACGUGACGGACCGCGACGACGACCGGACCACCAACGUCACCGACUCGCUGGCCAACCGCACCCUCGUCGUCACCACCAUCCUGGAGGACCCCUACGUCAUGUACAAGAAGUCGGACAAGCCCCUCUACGGGAACGACCGUUUUGAGGGCUACUGCCUGGACCUGUUGAAGGAGUUGUCCAAUAUCCUGGGCUUCACUUACGAGGUCAAGCUGGUGUCCGACGGGAAAUACGGGGCCCAGAACGACAAGGGGGAGUGGAACGGCAUGGUGAAGGAGCUGGUCGACCACAAGGCCGACUUGGCCGUGGCCCCCCUCACCAUCACCUACGUGCGCGAGAAAGUCAUCGACUUCUCCAAACCCUUCAUGACCCUGGGGAUCAGCAUCCUCUACCGGAAACCCAACGGCACCAACCCGGGCGUCUUCUCCUUCCUCAACCCGCUGUCCCCCGACAUCUGGAUGUACGUGCUCCUGGCCUGCCUCGGGGUCAGCUGCGUGCUCUUCGUCAUCGCCAGGUUCACCCCGUACGAGUGGUACAACCCCCACCCGUGCAACCCCGACUCGGACGUGGUGGAAAACAAUUUUACUUUGCUCAAUAGUUUCUGGUUUGGAGUUGGCGCGCUCAUGCAGCAAGGGUCCGAGCUGAUGCCCAAGGCGCUGUCCACCCGCAUCGUGGGCGGGAUCUGGUGGUUCUUCACCCUGAUCAUCAUCUCCUCCUACACGGCCAACCUGGCCGCCUUCCUGACCGUCGAGAGGAUGGAGUCGCCCAUCGACUCGGCCGACGACCUGGCCAAGCAGACCAAGAUCGAGUACGGGGCCGUGAGAGAUGGCUCCACCAUGACCUUCUUCAAGAAAUCCAAGAUCUCCACGUACGAGAAGAUGUGGGCCUUCAUGAGCAGCCGUCAGCAGACGGCCCUGGUGAAGAACAACGACGAGGGCAUCCAGCGGGUGCUGACCACGGACUACGCCCUGCUCAUGGAGUCCACCAGCAUCGAGUACGUCACCCAGCGCAACUGCAACCUCACGCAGAUCGGGGGCCUCAUCGACUCCAAGGGCUACGGCGUGGGGACGCCCAUCGGCUCCCCGUACCGGGACAAGAUCACCAUCGCCAUCCUGCAGCUGCAGGAGGAGGGGAAGCUGCACAUGAUGAAGGAGAAGUGGUGGCGGGGCAACGGCUGCCCCGAGGAGGACGGCAAGGAGGCCAGCGCCCUGGGCGUGGAGAACAUCGGCGGCAUCUUCAUCGUGCUGGCCGCCGGGCUCGUCCUGUCCGUCUUGGUGGCCGUCGGGGAGUUCGCCUACGGGACGCGCCGGAACGGCGACGUGGAGCGGGCUUUCUGCUUCUUUUACGGAUCGCAGCGUAAGCCGCCGCCGGCUCCCAACUCCGCCUCCGGCACCACCCUGUCCACGGAGCUGGACUGCGGAGCCAGGUUACCGCGCCAGGAGCGGGGCGGGGCGCGCCCCCCGCCCCCGCGGGUCCACACCGUCUAGUCUUCCGGCACAGGUCCGUGCAGGGGCGGGGACCGCGAGU